AUGAUCAAUAAGUAUAUCAAGGAUUCUAGCUAUUCUGUGGACGAGGAAAGAAUCGGAUCUUCAGGGAAGUACAGCAGAGUUUCGGGCAAAGGGAAAUACUCCAAGUAUGCUCCUGGCCUGAACUCUUUGUCUGACGCCGAGACCCAAGGCCAGGAGUCUGACUCGAUCACGUCCCACGAGUCGAAGUCAAAUAUCCAACGGAUGGACCUGUCAACGUUCGAAAGAAUGAUGUCUGCAACAGACAUGAUGCAGAGUUGGACUAGCUCUCAUUCUUGCCCUGCCACCCCUGACCACGAAACCGUCCCAGUUCGCCCGGUACAACGUGCAAAUAGUUUGAUAGUGAUAUCGAAGACGACUCACAACUCUGGCCACGUCUCGGAGGUGGGAAAACUGCAAAUUUUCUCUCAGCGACGAGCUUCGAUGCGGAAUGUGCUGCAGGGUUAUCAGACAUCUUCGCUGAUCAGCUCCGAGUCAGAGUCGAUGAGAACCAUUGGAUCGAGCAGCAGCGAAGGAGGACCCCUUCAGCGUGCGAAGAUCGACCUCGACUUGGCUGCUGCGCAUCCUGAGCGCAAGGGAGGCUGGACGAGCGAUGAAGACAAGAUCACAAUCGAGGCACAGGCCAAGAGUAACCGAUCGCACGUCGAUGAUUCAGCCUCAGAGUCGUCCAGACAAGCUCGUGGGAUCAAAGAGAGAAAAGAGCAGGAGAGUGUGGUCAAGAGAGCAACCUUCUCAGAAAGCAACCUAUCGGAGCUCCGAAAGGCUCGUAAGGCUUCCUUGCAAGUGAUCUCGCGGGAGCGGGAGGACGUCAAGAACAACCAUCAAGACAUGAUGAGGAGGAGGAGCGAGAUGGACAUCUCGGAUCGUUCGCGGGGACUAAGUGCCGCCAAUGUUGGUGGGCAGGAGAGCAACGUAAAUCCGUCAGAAAGGUCUCCCUUCCCGGAUGAGAUUGAUAUUGUUAUGGGGACCUCACGUGUGGCGAGGAAACCCAAGGACGGCAGGCAGCAGGAACGAGGGGAGAGGAGAGAGGCGAAUGGAGAGCGGAGGUUAUCGGAAGGUGCCAAGAUGCAGGCCCAGCAAUGGUGGAGGGCAAGGGUCAAGUCGAUUGCGAAGAUGGAUGAUGACGACGAAGAUUUGUAA